AUGGAGCCCUUUCAAGUGCGCCUCAACUGCGUGGAUCACUACCAAGCAAACCCAUCUGAACUCGACCCCCCUCUACCAUACAAGAAUGAGGCUUCCAAAAAGGAUGACAGGCACAAAGUGCCCGUAAUUCGAAUAUUCGGGGCUACAGAGACCGGUCAAAAGGUUUGCGUCCAUGUACAUGGUGCCUUUCCAUAUCUAUAUGUCGAACAUGAAGGCCCUUUGAAUCCGGAAGAAGUGAGAUCUGCGGCGCGUACUCUGCACCUUUCUAUUGACCAUGCCCUGGCUGUCAGCUAUCGGCGUAAUGCCUAUGAUAAGAAGAUCGCUUUCGUGGCCCACAUCACGUUGGUCAAAGGCGUUCCGUUCUAUGGAUAUCACGUUGGAUAUCGAUUUUUCUUCAAAAUAUACUUGCUCAACCCACUUUACAUGACAAGACUGGCCGAUCUCUUGCUCCAAGGGGCUGUGAUGAAGCGUCCACUGCAGCCAUACGAAAGUCACAUGCAGUAUAUUCCACAAUGGAUGUGUGACUAUAACUUGUAUGGUUGUACUUAUAUGAAGUGUAGCAAGGUCAAGUUUCGCUCUCCAAUUCCGGAGUAUCUAGAACUCACUGAUCUGUCUCAUCGGUGGCAUGAUCGAUCUAUACUGCCUGAUUCCAUGCCAGAUGACUCAACUCUUCCAAAACAAAGCCACUGCCAGCUGGAAGCAGAUGUUUGUGUGCAGGAUAUCCUGAAUCGAGUGGACAUAAGGGAACGAUCCACGCACCAUGACUUCAUGGAGUUGUUAAAGCCGGUUUCUUCUAGCGAGCGCCUUGUUCCUAGCAUGGCUGGCUUGUGGCAAGAUGAAACAAGAAGGCGGAAGAAACGGCAAGGGGUAACUGAACCCGGAAGCAGUCCCUUUGGCCCUGAGGAUCUGAUCUCUAUGUCUGCUGAUCCACGAAACGAUGCCAAGGGAGGUUGGAUCCAUGAAGAGGAGUAUCGUCAGAUGGCACUCGAGACUGUCGCCGAGGAAAAGAGCAAAAGUAAUCGCAAGGAUAUGACAUUUGAUAACUACCCAGAAAAAACUCCCUUCCAAGAAACUAUCAAGACAUCUUUGGAGAGCGUCGAAGAUCUCUUCCCAGAUAAACCUGAACAACCCAGAUUCGAAAUACGUGGGCCUCAAUUCGAAGGCGAACCGAGUGAUGCAGAAGUACAAGUCAACGAAAAUGCAGCUUUAUCCUCUCAGGCAGGUGGUGAACUUUAUGAUCCAGAUGAUGAUUAUGGCAAUUUCUUUUCUGGGGCCGAUGAAGAGGAACCUAGUGAUCCAACGGAUAAUGAUCCUGGGGAUGGACUCUUUGACAUGAGCUUUCACAGCUCUCCUAAACCGAAUGCCAAUGAGCACGACGAUAUCAUCCGAGCAAAUAGCUUUAAAAACCACCCAGGGCAUGAAUCGGAUGAUACUCAUAAGCCCGAUGACCGUCUACCAAUUGAAGAUGGCAUCAGCAAAAGCCGAGAGACCGAAUCAAAAACUGCGACUCGACCUCUUAAGCGACGCCAGAGUGAAACAUUAAAUGAAGAAUAUCAUAGGAAAAAGUCAAAGUACGGUGGUGAAAGCCACACUAGUCGCUCACAGGGCUAUUUGCAUCCUUCAUCUGCUGCUGAGUAUGGAAAUGCGCAGAUUGAAAGCAAAGACAACGCUGAAAUUAUUAAGGCCCGAGUUGAAAGUCAAUCUUCUCAAACGAGUCUUCCAUCUUCCCAAGCAACUAUCCGCCCCAAAGUCGACGGAAAAAAUAGCAGGCUUAAUUUUCCUGUCGUGAAGGACCCUAAUGAUCCUAUGACCAUCUUACGAUUCAGUCAAGACGGUGGCCACUCUUCCAAGGUUACACCUGACGCUCCUGAAAUGACCAGCUCUCUCGCUUCUAAACCCAUCGACCAGCCUUCAAGCGAUACAAAGGGAGCCGAUAGUAUUUUACAAUUACAGUCUUUCUCUACGGAUUUCGGGUCACCUAUCCCUGAUACGCACUUGUCUGAAUUGGCACCUGCGAUUUACGGAUCAUUCAAUAUACCUUCAAACAGACGGGUAUGUUGCCUGCGAGCUCCUUGCCCACCUCCUAGCGAUAUCUCUACAACCUUAAACACCUAUGGCUAUCCGCCUGUAAUCUACCAAAAAGCCUAUUAUAGCGAUGAAAAGGAUGUCCCCGAUAGGCCACGACAAUAUGCGGGCCGGGAAUUCCGGCUGGAAGGCAACACCAUCCAUUAUCUCCCCGACUUUGAUCCGACAGGGCAAUCGCCUGCAAUUCUUGGCGAGGAUACUGUUGCAUCUUUUGAUCGUGAUCGCCAAGAGCAACUUGACCAGCAACUGAGAGAGGCAACUACUUCUAGAGUGUGGGAGUUUGCCCCUGUACCACCAAGCCGCUCAGAAGUCGUGGAAUGGUUUGAGAAUUGGAAAUUGGAGCUACAAAAUCAGAGCGAGAAACCAAAAGAACGUCUCCCCCAAACUGAUACGAAGCCCAACGUUCUAUCCCAAAUCGAGGGUCCCACGCAGAAGAACGAUUAUGGCUUCAAAUACUCACAAAUGAAAUCCACCAGUGUUGAACAACAGGCCCAGCACAUGAGUAUUAUGAGCUUAGAGGUCCAUGUGAACACGCGUGGAAUAUUAUCGCCAAAUCCAGAGGAGGAUGAAAUCUCCAGCGUUUUUUGGUGCAUCCAGUCGCAAGCCGAGGAUCUUGAGUGCAAUAGUCAUAUACCCGGUGUGCAUGUGGGAAUUAUAUUCCAAGGAGAGGGCGACAGGCCAGAGGGUAAAAUCGCUAAGGCUUUGACUGUUGACUUAGAGCAUGAGCCAACGGAGCUUGAUUUGAUGAACCGUGUGGUGGAUCUUGUCAGGUUUCACGACCCAGAUAUUAUCACUGGUUAUGAGGUCCACAACAGCUCUUGGGGUUACUUGAUUGAAAGGGCUCGGAAAAUUUACGAUUUCGACCUGUGUGAUGAAUUAUCGAGGGUGAAAUCGCAAGCACAUGGACGAUUUGGCAAAGAUUCUGAUCGCUGGGGUUUUAACCAUACGUCUUCCAUCCGAGUGACAGGUCGACACAUGAUCAACAUUUGGCGAGCUAUGAGAGGCGAGCUGAACUUGUUGCAAUACACCAUGGAAAAUGUCGUUUUUCAUCUAUUGCAUCGGAGGAUACCUCAUUAUUCAUUCCGGGACCUCACUGCGUGGCAUCAGAGCGGGAAACCUCGUAAUCUAAUGAAAGUGGUCGGUUACUAUGUGUCUCGUGUGCAAAUGAACCUCGAAAUACUCGAAGCGAACGAGCUGGUUCCGCGAACUAGUGAACAAGCGAGGCUACUCGGGAUCGAUUUCUUCUCUGUUUUCUCCCGAGGAUCUCAAUUCAAAGUUGAAUCUUUGAUGUUUCGAAUCGCAAAGCCUGAGAACUUUCUUUUGGUUUCCCCAAGUAAGAAACAGGUAGGCCAGCAAAAUGCCCUUGAAUGUCUCCCAUUGGUUAUGGAGCCGCAGAGCGACUUUUACACAAGUCCUCUCCUUGUUUUGGAUUUUCAAUCACUAUAUCCCAGUGUGAUGAUAGCAUACAACUACUGCUAUUCCACGUUUCUUGGAAGGGCAGCAAGCUGGCGGGGCCGAAAUAAAAUGGGCUUUAUGGAUUACGAGAGAGAACCGGGAUUGUUAGGGUUGCUCAAAGACAAGAUCAACAUUGCGCCUAAUGGCAUGAUGUAUGCAAAACCGGAAGUACGGAAAUCGUUGCUUGCAAGAAUGCUCACGGAGAUACUGGAAACUCGUGUGAUGGUGAAGACUGGCAUGAAAAUGGACAAGGAUGACAAGGCUCUACAACGUCUUCUUAACAACCGGCAACUUGCUCUGAAAUUGAUUGCAAAUGUGACCUAUGGCUACACGUCUGCUUCGUUCUCGGGUCGGAUGCCCUGCUCGGAGAUAGCGGAUAGUAUUGUCCAAACAGGGAGAGAAACACUCGAAAAGGCCAUUGCCUUUAUCCAUUCCGUCGAAAGAUGGGGUGCUGAGGUAGUGUACGGCGACACCGACAGUCUUUUUGUGUAUCUCAAAGGGCGAACACGGGACGAGGCCUUUGACAUUGGCGAAGAGAUUGCAAAAGCCGUCACUGAUAUGAACCCCCGUCCUGUGAAGCUCAAAUUUGAAAAGGUCUACCAUCCAUGUGUACUUCUAGCAAAGAAACGAUAUGUCGGCUUUAAGUACGAGCACAGGGAUCAGAAAGAACCAGAAUUCGACGCCAAGGGCAUAGAAACAGUUCGACGGGAUGGUACGCCAGCGGAGCAAAAGAUCGAAGAGAAGGCUCUCAAGAUACUCUUCCGGACGUCUGAUCUGAGUCUGGUUAAGAGUUACUUCCAGAAACAAUGCUCGAAGAUCUUACAAGGAACCGUCUCAAUCCAAGAUUUUUGCUUCGCAAGGGAAGUACGGCUCGGCACCUACAGUGAACGGGGCUUGCCUCCCCCAGGAGCAUUAAUCAGCACCAAGAAAAUGCUCGAGGAUCCUCGAUUAGAGCCCCAAUACGGAGAGCGUGUGCCAUACGUGGUGGUAACCGGUGCUCCCGGGUCAAGACUUGUCGACCGCUGCGUGCCCCCCGAAGUCCUUCUCCACGACGCUCAACUGGAACUCGAUGCCGAAUACUAUAUCACCAAGAACAUUAUCCCGCCCCUGGAACGGAUCUUCAACCUCGUCGGUGCCAACGUCCGCCAGUGGUACGAGGAAAUGCCCAAAUUCCAACGAAUCCGCCGCAUCGAAGGAACCGCCCCUUUCGCAGGAAAAGAAGCUAAAAAGACCCUCGAAUCAUACAUGAAGUCUUCCGCGUGUGUUAUUUGCAAGGCCAAACUCGACGACACCGAUGUCCCGGUUUGCACGGGGUGCAUGCAGCAACCGCAUAUUUCUUUGCUCAACCUAGUUUCGCGCCAGCAGCAGGCUGAGAAGCCGGUCAACGAUUUUCAAAACAUCUGUCGCUCUUGUAUGGGUGUGCCCUUUGGCGAAGAAGUGAAUUGCGAUAGCAAAGAUUGUCCUAUUUUCUACUCCCGCACUAGGCACAUGGCGAAUUGGAGACAUACCAAGGCUGUUUUGGACCCUGUUGUUCAAUUUCUCCAGGACCACAGCGAGAGUGCACUAGAUUGGUAA